ACCGGCGGAAAUGCAAUCAUCAUGUACACGAGAAAUACCGAAGAAUGAUAUACUAUCACUGUUAAUGCAAGAUCAAGAGAAAGAACAACCGGAGCCUAUACAAAAAGGUUCAUUAGAAAAAUCUGGUUUGUACACUCAUUAUUAUCGUCAUCGUGACAAGUGUAGUUAUUGUACACCAGAACUUGAAGAAGAAAAACAACAGAAAAUGGAAGAGAAGCAACAACAGUUUCAAGCUUUGGAUGAUAGUAAGUAA